UGUCAAGGUCUUGGAUGCUUCUGGGGGUUACGUGCCCCUUACUGUUUGCCUGACCUCUUCAUUGCAGGUGAUCCAAGCAGGGAGAACUGAUGUGAACCUAUCUGUUCACAUCACUCCUAUUCUUCUCCCUUUGACCAAAUCCGUUCUGGUUUACUCCAUGUUUCUGUCCUCACUCAGUGAUUUGGCUUUGUGUCCCUGGGGCUUUGAAAGUCACUUUAGCGAGACCUGGACAUCAGCAUGUCAUUGUCUUUGUUGGAAUCCACCUCGGGUUCUCCAAAAUAGUGAGUGGUCAGAGACCUCUUCAUUCAGCAGCUGCUGGGGAGAGGCCAAGUUACUGUCGUGCCUGAAAGGUCACUGCACAGGAGCUAUUCCCGGUGAUGCCACCCUGCCCCUUCCCUGUGCACUGACCAGUAUCAAGGCUGUCUUUAUGAUAAUUCAGGUUUCGGACAGUGGUUGCCCAGAGCAUAAAGUGAUUCAUGAUGGAUGAUAACAUAAUACCACCUUGUUAAUGCUCUCUUCCAUCUUAUCAGAUGUCAUGAUCUUGCCAUGUCAUGGGGCUUUGUGCUCCUGGCUGAUCAGGUUGCAAGGAGAGUGACAACUCCUUCAGUGUUUUGACACCUUUGCCACCCCUUCCUUGGCCUUUAAGUAGCCAAGGUAUUUUUAUUUAAGGUAUUUUUUUUAAAGCUGGUAAUAAUGUGUGACGAAAGCUGGCUAAUCUGCUGGAAAUAUUUAUUUCCAAGUUUGCAGAAAGUAUUAACUCCGAGCACGUGUUUUUCUGGACUGUUUUUCAUCGGAGCUGGGGAGCAGCCAUUCCCAUCCACCCCUGUUGUCAGUGAGGGCACGGGGGAGUGAACAGUUCACCUCUGUCCCCUUUGGCCAGUGCAUUGUCCCUCCAGCACACACAGCUUUUGCUGUGCAGGUUGGAAUGUGCCCAACACACGGAGACCACAUUUGCUCUUGGGUCCCCAGGGGAAGGUUUCUUUUCCUUGCCCCAAAGAGCUGCUGCUCUGGUGCAGUGGCUCUGUGUAUCCUGGGCAGCAAUCAGGGCAAGGGACUGAAGAGAGCUGUGGGGAGGAGGCAGAAAACCCUGGGCAGCUGCAGGACAUCUGUUGCAAGGGGUGGUGUGGUAGGGAGGUGCCUCUCUUGGUGCACCCACACAGGGAUCAACAAUCCUUCCAGGACUUCAGAAAGACCCCAGAUCAGCCAGCUCUGGCCUGGGAGUUCCCUGGCUUUGUGGGCAAUGUCAUCAGCCUCUCAACCCAUGAAAACAUCCCAGCUCCAGUCCUCUGGAGUGCCCUGAGAAGAAGUGAUGGACCUGGCAGCAAUGCCAUGCCAGUUAGAACAGGGCAGCAUUUUCCAGUCUCCGAAGAGUCUGUCAGCUCAGGGUGUCUGCUAGGCCAUGACACCUGAUCAAUGCACCUUGUCAUGGUGUCACUAUUCCUUCCCAACUCAAUAACCCCUUUUCCUCAGUUAUCAAAGGGAUCAUGAGCCAUUCCAGUCCCUGGACAGGGGAUGUUGGUUUUAAUAAAUGUUGGGUUCAGUGACAGGCUGGAGGCAAGUUUAAUGGGAGUGCUGGGCAUGUCCUGCUGGCCUGGACAGUAAAUACCUGUCUGUGUUACUAUCUCUACUUGUCUUUACAUUGAGAAAGGUGCUGCCUGGUCCUUCAUUUAUCACCCAUAAUAUGUGGCACAUCCCCACUCGUGGGCUUAAUGCUCAGUACUGCAGCCCCAAAAACUGCAGAAGUACUUAACAGGAAGAAGUGACCAGUGUUUUGACACUUUUUUUAGUCAAAAUCUCAAUUUUAUUAAAAAAAAAAAAAGAGAAGAUAUUUUAUCAGGGCGUGACAUCUCAACCAUGUCCACACCUUGACAGGCUGAAAGGAUGAUGUACCAAACCAGGCACCCAGAGCUGGCUGAGUCUGUGCCUACAGAUCGUUGCUCAAUGAUUUACCUAACUCCUAACAUCUCCAUGGAAAUAUUUGCAGUGGAAGUCACCAGAAACCAAAUAUUGUUUGUUUUGCUCCCCACCAAUUAUUCUGUAUGUCCUAAAUGAUAUCACUUGCCCUUUUCCUGUUGUGAAGCUCUAUAUAUGACGAUCCUUGAUGCAGGUCAUCCUCAGAAGACAGGGACAUUGGCUGGAGAGAGCCUCGUCCUUCAGAGCUUGGUCAGUUAUCAGGACCGAAGAUGUCGGCAUUCUGGACUGUUGUCCUCCUCAGCAGUCUGCUGGCCCCUUCACAAGGAUUUGGACUCAUACCCUUGGUUGCCAGAGGAGAUACAGAUGGCUGAGAAUUGUGAACAACACCCUCCCCAAAAUAAGCCUGCGCUCCCUGCCAGGCUUUGGCCACCAGGUGGACUUCAACACCCAGCUGCUGGUAGAGAGCAGUGUGCCGGGCCAGCCGCUCUGCGAGCAGGUGGAGGUAGAUGCAACCAUGCUGGUCCAGGACACGUGGACGGCUCACCAGAGCAACAUGAACUGCAAGACUGUUGACAUAAACACCCAUGUGAGUCCCAGAGUGCCAAUUCUGGAUGAGCCUUUGAAACGCCUCCUUAGUGAUGUCCUGAGUGAUCUGGGCUGCAACAUCAUCAAUGCCAAGCUCAACGUGGUGAACUCUCUGCUUGGCUCCAGGAACCAGAUGCUCCCGCUCGGGGCUCUGGGGGACCUGCCCCCCUUCUCCAUCCUCGGUAGUGACUCCAUCCAGCUGGAUCUGAACCUCCUCCCCGGCAAUGCCGAGGGUGGCACAGUGGCCCCCACUCAGCAACUGCCACUCGCCGCCACCCUGCUGCUGGCCACUGGCCGCCCACCACAGCUCAGCCUCUCCCAGGACACCCUCAGCACCCUGCUGGAGCAGGUCCAGGGGCAGGGAGCCCUCAACCUUAGCAUCACCAACUCGCUGAUGAGCAGCCAAUCCCCUCUCCAAGGCCAGGCUCCCGAGAGCACCUCGCUGUCCGUGUCUGCCCUUUUCCCGUUCAUCCCCCAGCUUGCCCGCUCCCUCCCUGGCUCUCUGCCACUGGAGCUGCGUGUCCGGAUGAGAGAUGAGCCAGUGGUGGCCGUGAGGGAUGGAAGAGCCACCGUCACCCUCAAAGCCUCGGUUGACGUCCACGUUCCUGCCCUACAGACCUCCCAGGGGCUCCUCUUCUCCAUCGACACGGACAUUGUUCUGAACAUCACCCCAUCGGUCUCUGACGGCAAACUGCAAACCUCCCUGGCUCUCGACAGCAUCAAGGUGACACGGUCCCCCCCGUCACUCAACCCUUCUGCUGUCCCCUCGCUCACGGAAUGGCUCAAGCAGAUCCUCACAGCUACAUAUGUACCUGGUGUUAAUGACGCCUUCCAUGUGUCGGUCCCUCUGCCCAACGUCCUCAACACCAACCUCAGGAAUGCUGAAGUCACCAUCACUGAUGUGGACGAGCUGCCCGGCCAGACCACUCUUGAAAGAUACUGCCCGAGAGGAGCCUCGAUGCUGCUCCCUUUCUGAGGCAGCACACCGUGCACCCCAAGCCUUGCUCCACUCUCUCCCUCUUCCUUUCCCUCAAGCACUGCCCUGUGCUGUGGCUGUGGCCUGAGCAAGGCCAGCAAUUGCCUCUGGCUGACAUCGGGGUGGGAAAGCUGCUCUGCUGGUGGAUGUUACGGUGUUUCUAGGGCCCCUUUUAACAUCCACAGCUAUUCCUUAGGCAGAAAGAUUACUCUUGUAUUGCUCUUUCAAUAAAAAUCUCUCAUUGCCUCAGUA